AUGCAUCAUGAAACAGUUGUGAAUGAGCUGAGGCAAAAGUAUGCCAUCUCGAAACUUCGCACCACUGUAAAGACUAUUUUUCGUUCCUGUCAAUUCUGUAAAAUCACCAAGGUGGUGCCUAACCCCCCUCAGAUGGCAAAGUUACCUCGAGCUCGUGUAGCUGCUUAUGCAUCUCCAUUCUCUUAUACUGGAGUAGACUUCUUUGGGCCCAUAUUGGUCAGUGUGAAUCGCCACAAAGAGAAACGAUAUGGCUGUUUGUUUACGUGCCUCACUAUAAGGGCCGUUCAUAUUGAGAUUGCACAUUCUCUUACGACAAGCUCUUGUAUUUUGGCUAUUCGCAAUUUUAUGGCGCGUAGAGGUACACCGCAUGAGUUCUAUAGCGACAAUGGAACUAAUUUUAUUGGAGCAGAGAGGGAACUAAGAGAGGCGCUAGCAGAGGUUAACAAAAACGAAUUACUCGAAACUUUUACAACUGCCAACACCAAAUGGAAUUUUAAUCCUCCUGCUUCACCCCACAUGGGAGGCGCCUGGGAGCGUUUAGUUCGCUCAAUCAAAAUGGUUUUGUAUAAGAUCAUGCCCUCAAGGCACCCUACUGAUGAGCUACUUUUGAGCAUGUUAAUCGAGGUGGAAAAUGUGAUAAAUUCGAGGCCGCUCGCAUAUGUUCCAAUUGAAGAACAUAUGGCAGAAGCUUUAACCCCGAAUCAUUUUCUUGUGGGAAGCUCCAAUGGGCUAAAACCCUUAACUACAGUUUACGACAGUGGAACCUUAUUGAGACAGAGCUGGCUUAUUUCUCAACAAUAUGGCAACAUAUUUUGGAAGAAGUGGCUGGCCGAAUAUUUACCAUCGCUUACUUGUAGGACAAAAUGGCACGAGAAAUCAAAGGCAUUAUGUCAGGGGGAUUUAGUUAUCAUUGUAGACCCUUCUUUACCUAGAAAUGUCUGGCUGCGAGGCAAAGUACUUGAAACGAGGUUGGCACCAGAUGGUCAGGUCCGCAGCGCAAAAAUAUUGACAUGUCGAGGCGUAAUGGAGAGACCUGCAACGAAGCUGGCAAUUUUGGAUGUUGCUGCUCAAACUAAGUCUGACGUAGAAGAAGCUUCUUGUCAUACUCCGGGGGGAAUGUUGACGCCAAUCUCAAAAAUGCCUUAA